AUGCAACUCGCCCCGAGUAUCGAUGAGGACGCCUGGAGUCACUGCGCCAAGGACACAGAGUGUCUACUUGGGAUGGCAGUCGUCCAUCCAGCACUUCAAGAUGGACUGCCUGGUACAGGACGAGAUCCAUCUUCAAUUCCAUCAUACCGAUGGUUUCCCUCUUUCCGUCUUGUUACCGCCUCGCUACUAUGUCUCUGUUUCUCCAGUGUGCAUAUGAUGAACAGCAAUAUGGGGAUGGCUAUCGUGUGCAUGGUGAAUUCUUCGGAAUUUGACGACAAUUCCACUGAUCUUUCUCUGGAGGGCGGGGAGCCGAGGCUCAAUUGGACGUCUGAGCAGAUUGGCUACAUCUUCUCCGCUUUCAAUUUGGGAUUAUUGCUAAUGUUGGGCACCGGGUACCUGGCCGAUCGUUUCAAUGCCAAGUGGAUGAUCUUGGCUGCGGUGGCGGUGGCCUGUGUGGCAAACGUGAUUAUUCCUUUGCUGUCCCCAUACAGUGUUUAUUAUGCGGUGGCCGGUCGUUUCCUGGUAGGGCUUGCUGAUGCGCUACUGCAGCCUGCUGUCAAUUCGUUGAUAACACGCUGGUUCCCGGCUUCUGAGCGAAGCUAUGCACUUGGACUAGCUACCGGUGGUCGCCAGAUUGGCGCCCUGUUGAUCGUACCAGCUUCCGGGGCACUCUGCUCGCAAACGGUGCUUUUCGGUGGUUGGCCAUCAAUCUUCUACAUAUCGGCAAUCUCGGGUGCAUUCUUCAUCGUCGUCUACCUAAUCUUUGGCGCGGAUAAGCCCUCGAAACAGUCGUGUAUUAGCGAGGCUGAACUGAAAUUCAUCACUGCAGCCAAUCACAUUGAGGACUGCGGCCAGAAGAGGAAUGAACGUCAGAUCCCAUGGUCGGAAAUAAUACGGUCGGGACCUGUUUGGUCCGCUGUCGUCGCGGUUGUUUGCCACGAGUUCCCGUUGAUGACGAUGAUCAUGUUUUUGCCUAGCUACUUACACGAUGUACACAAGUACACAGCCACCCAAAACGGUAUCAUGUCUGCCCUGCCGGCCCUCAGCCUGUGGAUGGCCAAACUGGGGUCGAGCUGGUUGAACACGUGGCUGCAGGCAAACACGAAUUGGCAUAAGAGCAAGAUAUGCAAAGUGCUGAACCUCGUCGGCUCGCUGGGAUUGGGCAUUUUCUUAUACGGGACGACGUUGUUGGAUAAGGAUUUUGCUUGGCUUGCCGUACUUUUCCUCUGCUUGUCUAUGGCUUCUGCCGGAUUACACACGCCGGGUUGUAUGGUGGCACUCGUGUCGGUGGCGCCAGCAUAUUCUGGCGCGAUUACAGGCUUUGCUUUCUUCUGGGUGGCAUGUGCCGGCAUGUUCAACCCCAUUCUGACGAAAUGGAUCACUCAGGAGGGCACGCACGCCCAAUGGAACCUCGUGUUCUACAUUUCCACGGUCAUUGCCCUGUUGCCGUGCAUCACAUUCACGUUGUGGGGUUCAGCAAAGGUGCAACCAUGGGCCACAAUCCAUAAGAGCUCGAUCACGUCGUCGAAAAAGUCGCGCUGCGAGGUGAAGGCCGAGCUGAAUGAUGUCGAC